UCCCCGCAGCCCAACCAGCACAACACGGUGCACCUCGGGGCGUUCCAACCCGUGGAAAAGGAGCUGGUGUUCGACAUCGACAUGACCGACUACGAUGACGUCCGGACGUGCUGCAGCUCGGCCGACAUCUGCUCCAAGUGUUGGACUCUGAUGACCAUCGCUGUCCGUGUGAUUGACCGCGCGCUCGUGGAGGACCUGGGCAUGAAGCACCGCCUGUGGGUGUACUCAGGACGGAGAGGUGUGCACUGCUGGGUCUGCGACGAUGCCGUACGCAAAUGGUCCCCAUCGCUGCGUGCGGCUGCUGUGGAGUACCUGAGCCUGGUGAAGGGUGGAGCUGAGACGGUGAAGAAGGUGAACCUCUCAGAGCCCGUGCACCCCUUCAUCAGACGGUCGGUGAACGUGGUGGAGAAGUACUUCGAGGCGUACGCACUGCAGGGCCAGGACAUCUUGGGCAGCCCCGAGCGCUGGGACAAAGUGCUAGCCUUGGUCCCAGAAGAGCACCGUGAGCUGCUGCAGAGUGAGUUCCCCAAGAAGCGGGACUCAGUGCAGCGCUGGGAGCUGCUGAAAGGUCGCUUGGAGCGGACGCGGCGGGCAGCGGGCAGCGGGAAGGGCACGGCAUGUUAUGCAGACUGGGAGAUCAUGCUGCAGUAUUGCUUCCCACGGCUUGACAUCAACGUCAGCAAAGGCAUCGGGCACCUCCUGAAGAGCCCCUUCAGCGUCCACCCCAAAACAGGCCGCAUCUCGGUGCCACUGGACCUGCAGAGGUUGGAUGUCUUCGACCCGUUCGCAGUGCCCACCAUCAGCUCGCUGUGCCAGGAGCUGGAUGCAGCUGGCGACGAUGCAGAGCAGGAGGACAGCGAGGAGACGGAGCCAAAGCGGCGGAUGCGGGACUACCGGCGGACGCAGCUGGCACCCUACGUGAAGGUCUUCGAGCAGUUCCUGGAGGAGAUGGAGCGCGCGCGGCGUGGAGAGCGGCUGUGGAGGAGCGGUGAGUGCUGGGGGACCCGCCGGGCACCGUCUGCCGCUCGCGGUGCCAACGCCGCAGCAGCCACAGCCCCAGCAGCGCCAGCAGCCACAGCCACAUCCUGA